CAGAAGAAGACACAGACAUUGGGACGUUCCCAUUGGUUGAGCCGGUGAUGUUGCAGGAAGUAGACGACGUCCCUGCCUCGUCGUCUGCAUCAUUUCCAACAGAUUGUCCCCAAAUAAAAGGAGCGAGAUGAUGCGAAGACCGAGAGCGACGACAGCCAAAGCUGUGAAGUACACAGACUCCGACGUGUCCUUUUCCCAGACAGUGAGUAGUGACGAUGAGGAUAAUGAGGAAUGGAGGCCACUAGAGCCAAAACCAAAAGACACUGCAGCAGGGCAGAAGAAGAGAUCGGUUAAACCGAAGGAGCCAAAAGCACCCAAACAAACUAAAGCACCCAAACAACCUAAAGCACCCAAAGUGCCUAAAGAUGCCAAGCCAAGGGCACCACGCAAACCUGCAGCAAAAGCACAGGCUGCUAAAGUUCUCCAGGAUUCUGGUGCGCCUGGGUUGGCUGGAACAAAGAGGAAAAGAAAGGAUGAUAAGGCAGGAGAAGACAAAGGAGGAAAACAAACAGAGGAAGAGAUGGCUGAAGAGAGUGGGCCAAGUACCAGAAUGAAGGAGGAGAGGGUGUCAUUUAUCGUGUCAGACGCCCAUCAGACGGAUAGAUGGGCAGGUGAGGGGUCGUCACUAGCUGGGCUUAAACCAAAGAAAGAGGAAGUGGAGGAGGAUUUCACCUUUGAUAUGCCCUGUGUGAAGAAACAGAAGACCACUGGUGCUUGCAUGCGACAGCCAACUGCUUUACCGUCAUCACAAGCACAAGCUCUGAGGAAUGAACUCGAUAUGAGCUGGGACUUGAUAGAGCUGCUGUCCACUCUGACAUGCGUGGAGCGAUGGGUGUGUGUAAAUAUCAUCAAACUGCUUCGUGAGGAGAACACGGUUCCGUUCAUGGUGCGUUACCGCAAAGAGAUGAUUAACCACAUGGACGCCGAUGCCGUCAGAGACGUCCAGCUGGUAUAUGAGGAGUUACGUACUCUAGCCAAAAAGACCCAGUCUGUGGUUCAGACCAUGAAGAAGGACGGGGUGUUAACACCUGAGCUAGAACAAAACCUGAGGAGCUGCAGAUCAGCUGAUGAACUGGAUCAUGUGUAUUCUCCCUAUAAGAAAGGCAGUAAGCUGACGAAGGCUCGCAGAGCCAAGGCACUCGGCCUGGAGGUGGCUGCCUCUGCACUGAUGGACGCACCACACACUCUGGAUUUAAAUGCAUUUGUGAAGUCUGGUACUGAAGGUCUUUCGUCGGUGAAAGAAGUGGCUACAGGUGUGGAGCAUAUCUUGGCUGAUAUGAUCGCUAAAGACCCUGAGACACUCACCCACGUGAAAACAUUGUGUGAGAACAACUUUGUGACCAUCCAGUCUUCUGUGUCCAAGUCAGCACUGAAGGAAAAAGGAAAAGGAAAGUCUGGACAGUCUGGACAGUCUGUCCAAGGCCACAGCAAACCCGGGGCCCAUCAAAACAAAAGCAAGGACCUUGACAAGUUCCAGCUCUACUCUGAGUUCACCUGUAACGUGCAGCGCAUCCAGCCCCAUCAGACCCUGGCUAUUAACCGAGGGGAGAGUCUGAAGAUUUUGACAGUGAAGAUGAAUAUUCCCGACAGGGUAAAGAGUGACUUCACCAGGUGGUGCAUUAACAACAGAUGGAAGCCGAGGACGUUUGCAAGAGAGGAGCAUCAUGUGAUCAUCAGGAAUGCAGUAGAAGACUCUUUUAAAAGGCUUAUUCUGCCUUUCCUCACCAGGAGUUACAGGACUAAGCUGACAAGUGCAGCAGAGAAGGAGUCGAUCGCCAUGUUUGUGCGCAAUCUCCGGCAGCGCUUGCUGAUGUGUCCAGUCAGGGGCUGUGUCAUCAUGGGGGUGGACCCUGGCUUUAGACAUGGCUGCAAGCUGGCAGUUCUCUCCCCCACCGGUCAGAUUCUCCAUACCGAUGUUGUGUACCUGCAUACCGGUAAUUCAAACCAGCAGCGAGAAGCAGACAAACUGCGCCACCUCAUGAUGAAAUAUGGGUGUACGAGAGUUGUCAUUGGCAACGGGACAGCAUGUCGUGAGACCGAGUCCUUCUUCGCUGACCUCAUCUCUAGGCGCUAUUGUCACCCCCUGGACGUGUCCUACUGUAUAACCAAUGAGGCAGGAGCAUCCAUCUACAGCGUGAGUCCUGAAGCGGUCAAAGAGAUGCCAGACUUGGACCCCAACCUUCGGAGUGCAGUGUCCAUUGGAAGACGUGUCCAAGAUCCAAUGGCUGAGCUUGUGAAGAUUGAUCCUAAACACAUAGGCAUCGGAACAUACCAGCAUGACGUGUCGGCCGGAGCUCUGAAGGCAGCGCUGGACAGCGUGGUGCAAGAAUGUGUGAGCUUUGUGGGUGUGGACAUCAACAUCUGCUCCGAAACACUGAUGAGGCAUGUAGCAGGUCUAAAUGCGGGCAGAGCGAAGAGUAUUGCAGAGUGGAGAGAGCAGAAUGGGCCUUUCACCAACAGGGAGCAACUCAAACUGGUCAAAGGCAUGGGGCCCAAGACCUACCAGCAGUGUGCUGGCUUCAUCAGAAUCAACCCGCAAACCAGUACCAGAUCCUCACCCCACCAUGUACCAGCAGUGCCAGAAAAAACAGCGGCGAAGAAAGACAAAGGAAAGACUGGCGUCAACGUACCGACCUCAUUUAACCCCCUGGACCAGACCUGCAUACAUCCAGAGUCCUACCAUGUGGCACAGAGAUUUCUGUCCAUCGUGGGUGGAAGCGCAGACCAGAUUGGGAGUGCAGGCCUGCGACAAUGUGUGGAGAGCAAGGUUAAGAGCAGCAAUGUGGAGGAACUGGCCAAGACAGUGGACACCACACCCGAGACCCUGAAACUCAUCAUAGAUGGCCUCACGCAGCCCCCCGGGUUUGACAUACGACAAAAUUUUGGGCAGGCGGACUUUAAGCGGGGCAUUGUGUCCAUGAGUGAUCUGCGGGUGGGUGCUGUGCUGACGGGCCGGGUGGACAACACAGCUCUGUUCGGGGCUUUUGUAGAUAUCGGUGUUGGUCGUGCUGGCCUCAUCCACAAGAACAACAUCACCAUGGACAAACUGCCUGUCAGCCAGCGCCGCCGCAGCCUGGCUCUGGGACCUGGGGAACGGGUGGAGGUCCGAGUCCAGAACCUGGACCUUCAGAGGGGACGGAUUGGCCUGGACUUGAUCAGGGUCCUACAAUAGAUUUUCCCAACUUUCACAUUCAAUACUGUAAAACUGGACCGGAUUUAAGAUGGGAAAUUACUCCCAAAGCUAGUGAGAUACAAACGGUUACAGUGACCCAUGAGCAGAGCUGAUUGAGGCAUUUAACCAGACAACCUGUUAUGUGUAUUUGUAGUAACAGCGCUUUACUUUGUGAGCACACAUUCAACCACUGUUGCCAUUAUCUAUGAGGGCUACAACUCCACUGAAAUCAGUUCAAACCAAAGUUCUUUACAGUUAUGUUGAUGGCUGGGGGACUUUCUUUGCCCUGAACUUAUCUUUUCUGUAUCAUCCCUGUGUAUCAUUGUGAGUGGUACGUUACUUGGGAUUACACUUUAGAAACUCAAUGCCUGAUAAUCUGAAAUGAAAAUAUCUAUUUGGAUUGGUUAUGGUUAUCUGCACACACUGAUGUUUACAGAUCAUUAGACAAGGAAUCCAUCCAUCCAGGUGGCUUCAUAUUUGAGCUGCUAAUGUUUACUUUCUAUAAACAUAAUAAUAUUUAAACAUUAUUCACAUUCAAUACUUCAAGAAAUGUUCUGUGUUACACUGAUCUAAACCGUUUGUUUCGAGUUUUGAGACACGUGUUUGUAUCUUUGUUCUUCAAAGCAGACUCAACAUGUAAUCUUACACACUUACACAUCUGCAGAUGAGGUUUUGACAUUAAAAAUGUUCACUGUA